ACCAAUCAAACCAACUCUUCUUACUCCUCUGUCCUAGAUGCUCCCAUUCACAAUCUCAGGCUCUUAAACAUAAGCUCAAAACCCCAAGUCAUUGUCACGCCACUCGACGUUUCCCACAUUCAAGCCACCAUAAUCUGCUCCCAACGCCAUGGUCUGCAGAUUCGAACCCGAAGUGGAGGCCAUGAUUAUGAGGGUCUCUCCUACGCUGCUGAGGUUCCCUUUGUCAUUCUUGACCUCUUCAACCUUCAACAAAUCACAAUUGACGUAGCAUGGGUUCAAGCUGAGGCAACUCUUGGUGAACUUUACUACGCGAUUAGCCAGAAAAGCAAAACGCUAGGGUUCCCAGCGGGUGUGUGUGCCACUGUAGGCACUGGUGGCCACUUCAGUGGAGGUGGUUAUGGAUCCUUGAUGCGUAAGUACGGUCUUGCCGCAGAUAAUAUCAUAGAUGCUCACAUCAUAGACGUGAAUGGUAAUCUUCUUGACAGAAAAGCCAUGGGUGAGGAUCUGUUUUGGGCCAUCAGAGGAGGUGGUGGAGCAAGCUUUGGAGUCAUCGUGGCUUGGAAGAUAAAACUAGUUCCAGUUCCAUCAACUGUGACAGUGUUCAAUGUUUCAAGGACAUUGGAAGAAUAUGAAACCGAUAUUAUUCAAAAGUGGCAGCUUGUGGCGAAUAAAUUGGACAAGCGCAUAUUCCUUAGGAUGGACUUGGCAAGGGCAAAUUCAAGUGAACAUGGAAAGCAAACAAUACAAGCAAAUUUUGUGUCCGUGUUUCUGGGAGGUGUAGAAGAGUUUAUUCCAUUGAUGCGAAAGAGCUUCCCAGAGUUGGGUUUGGACAAAAAAGACUGUACUGAGACGAGUUGGAUUGGCUCAGUUGUUUUCAUGAAUGCUGGGUUCAGUGGAUCUAGAGACCUUGAAGCCACUGAAGUUUUGGUGAACAGAACUCGAACUCGUGUGAAGAACUUCAAAGGGAAAUCUGAUUAUGUGAGCAAACCAAUUCCUCUUCAUGGAUUACGAGGGUUAUGGCGCUUGCUUUAUGACGAUGGCAUUGAAUAUGGUCAGCUUCAAUUUGCCCCUUAUGGAGGCAUAAUGGAUGAGAUUUCUGAACCUCAAACUCCAUUCUCACACAGAUCCGGAUACAUAUUUCAUAUUCACUAUAUUGCCACUUGGCUUGAGGAAGGCGACGAGACUGCGCAAAGACACAUGAAUUGGACUAGAAGAGUGUAUAAAUAUAUGGAACCUUAUGUUUCAAAGUUUCCAAGAGCUGCAUAUCUGAAUUACAGAGAUCUUGACAUUGGGGUGAAUAACAAUGGCUACACCAGCUACGACCAAGCCAGCAUUUGGGGUCUCAAGUAUUUCCGUAACAAUUUCAGGAGAUUGGUAGAAGUGAAGACCAAGGUUGAUCCUCAUAACUUUUUUAGAAACGAACAAAGCAUUCCUACACCGUCCGUCCAUGUACCUUAGAAGGAUAUUACUUAAUAAAAUAAAAUUUUAUUGAAAUU